AUGGCUACAAGUUUGCAAAUUAGCUGCCUUGUUCCAGUUCUAUCUCUCCUUCUCUUGGCUCAUGUCUCAACCUCCUAUGGAGGCAGCAUUGCCAUCUACUGGGGCCAAAGUGGUGCAGAAGGAACUCUAAGAGAAGCAUGCGCCACAGGAAGAUACAAGUAUGUUAUGCUUGCUUUUCUCAACAAGUUCGGCAACGGCCGCACACCGUCGAUCAACCUCUCCGGACAUUGCAACCCUGCGAAUGGCGGCUGCAAGGUAGCCAGCCGAAACAUAAAGUUUUGUCAAAGCAAAGGGAUCAAAAUUCUUCUCUCCAUUGGAGGUGGCAUUGGAAGCUAUUCCCUAGCUUCACCUGCUGAUGCCAAAAGAUUCGCAACGUAUCUCUACAACAACUACCUUGGUGGCCGAUCAUCAGCUCGCCCGCUGGGUGAUGCGGUGUUGGAUGGAAUAGACUUCGACAUCGAACUCGGUUCCACUGCAAACUGGCAAUACCUUGCAAGGUACCUGAAGGGCUUCAGCAAGCCAAACAAACGAGUUUACUUAUCAGCUGCUCCUCAAUGUCCAUUCCCAGAUAAAUUUCUUGGCAAAGCCCUCGACACAGGCCUUUUUGACUACGUUUGGGUUCAGUUCUACAACAAUGGCCCAUGCCAGUACGAAGCUGGCAACAUCAACAAGCUCAUAUCGUCAUGGAACCGUUGGACAUCGUCGGUGAGGGGAUCGGGGAAGAUCUUCCUUGGCUUGCCAGCAGCAAGAGGAGCUGCAGGAAGUGGAUACAUUCCACCUCGUGUGUUGACUUCGCAAAUUCUUCCAAAAAUAAAGAGGUCGCCAAGGUAUGGAGGAGUAAUGUUGUGGUCACGAUAUUGGGACAAACAGACUGGAUAUAGUACUGCAAUUAUCAAAAGUGUCUAA